UAGCCAGGCGGUGGGCUCCACGCUGCAACGAAAUGUGAAUCGUGCCCGCGAAGCUAAUCAUAAUUUUCAUUUUCAAUUUCUAAUUUCAAGCUCCCCCAACCCGCCAUCGCCGAGUUCCGGGUACGCCGUAGCCAAUCAGCCAUAGCCCUUCCCGGUCAAUUAAUCAAGUGCGAGCGUCGCCGUUGUUGAGAAAACUCUCCACCGUCCUCCGCCCAGAACUGUCGAAGCGAGACGUCUCCUCCUUGAAUCGGGACCUUUUCAUUCAGAAUAUGCUCUAGGUAAAAUAAUUUCUCUGCGAGUACUUACUUCGUCUUCAUAGUUCGCGUGGAACGAGAAUUGCACUCUCUGUCUUCAUUUCUACGGGAAUGCUUCAAACUGGAUGCCGAUAACCAUAGAUCUGUAAUCCUCUUUAGCCGAAGUGUGCCUGUGUUAGUAGUUCCUCUCUUGCGUUUGCACUCUCCGACUCGCUUUCACUGAAAUCGUAAUCCAAUCAGUAGGUCAGUUGGUGGUAUAGGGGCUGUGGAGUUUGCUUUUCUUGCAUAUUCUCGUGCGGGGAAUGGAUCAAGUGCCGCCAAAAAACGGUUCCCUGGUGGAUCUGGACGAUGUGAAGUAUGUAUCUCGGCUGAGUACAAUUCUAGUUGCUACGAUUGAAGAAGCGAAAGACAGGAUUUCUCAGAUCGAAUACAUAUUCUGCAGCCAGCUCUACCCUAAUGUUCAAUCCAAGUACAAGAACUCCCAGGAAUGUUAUCUGGAGGCGAAGAGACAGGCAGAUGAUAGAUGGAAAGAGAAAGAGAAGGAACUCAUGCUUCGAAUCAAGGAGCUCGAACUCGGGAAGCAAGAAGCUGUUGCGGAGAACCAGUCUCUAAAUCUCGAGAAGGAAGUGUGGUUGGAAGCAAAGAAGAGGGAGAUGAUGUCUGGUGUUGAAACGGGAAAGGACCAGGAGAGAAUUGGUUUACUAGAACAGCAACUCGCCAAGAAGUCUGCUGAGGUUGAAGAGGGAAUGGAAUUGAGCAAUAGGUUGAUUCAAAUGAUUCGAUCGAAAGGGACCAAAAUACAUGAACAGUCAAUGCAGCUUAAGGUGCAGGAAGAGAAGGCAAAUGCGUUGGCUGACAAAGUGGACGGGUUAGAGAGAAAGGUUGAGGAUCUCAUGAAGGAGAUAGUAGAAAAGAACGAGGAAAUAGUUGGGCAAAAAGAUGAAUUAAAAGGUAUGGGGGAAUUGAAUGAGUACUUCAGGUCGAAAAUCUUUAGUGAGCGGAAGGAAACCGAAGAGGAGAGGGUCAAGCUUAAGGAGAAGAUUGAUGAACUCGAAAGGAAUCUGAAGGACAAGAGUAGAGAAGUAGAGGAGGGAAGAGCAUUGCAGGAAGAGCUACAAGAGCAGGCAAGUAAACUCUCCGUCAAAAUUAGGGAUAAAGUCUUGAACGAAGAUUCUAUAUGGAAGGAGCAUGUUAAGGUUAGAGAAGAGCUUGAAGGCAAAAUAAGAGAUUUAGAGGAGAACGUGAUUGAGCUGCAGAAGACCGAUAGCAAUAGAGAUGAUGACAAAAAAGAAUUACUUAAGCAAAUUCAGGCCAAAAAUGCUGAAUUGGUGGGAGAGAAGGGAAAGAACAAGGAUCUUGUCGAUGCAUACAAGAGAUUGAAACAUCAAUAUACCUAUCUUUGCGAGAAAUGUGGUCUUACAUCAGGGAACAUGCUUCCCCAGGCUAAAUUGAAAGGCGUCGGUGAUGGGUUCAAGCACCCCAAGAGUCCAACGUUAUCACCUGAGCUCAAGACCAAGGACUUGAACACUAACACAUAUCCUCACCAGCCAAAGAAAGUGAAGAUAGAAGAUGGAAUUGACGAUGGCGUUGAGUCUGACAUGCCAUGGACGAUGACGGUUUCAAAUCCGAGUUUCCACCUUCCUCCACCUCGUCCUGCAGCGCAGAAGCUUCCGCCUACAGCAAAAUCUCCCUCCAUAAGCAGAGUAAAGCGGCCUGCUUCAGGGUGGGUGGAAACUAGGUCGUGCGCCCAAGGCAAAAAUGGGCCGGACCCACAUGAUGAUUUUCUGAGCACUCCAUUGGAGAACCUCAGAGCAAACAGGAACAAAGCCGUCAUCACGGAAGCAGAAGCUAACGUUGCUGACGUGGUUCCAGCUAUGGUAGACGCCAUCCCUCGUGUUGAUAACGAUUCAGAUGACGAAACUCAGAACAUGAAUGUGGACCCCGGUCCAGCAAAGCGGGAUCAUCAAACGUUGACCGGGGGAAAGAAUGGUUUCAAGUACGUCGAAACGGUUCGAAAGAAAGCGGAACGGGAGAAACUGCAAGGCGUGGAGUGCAAGCAGUGCAAGAAGUUCUACGACGCCGUUCUGGAGAACGGAGGUGGUGGCAAUGAAAAUCUGAGGUGCGAGCAUCAUGAUGGCGUCUCCAGGCAUCGGUACAGGUACGCCCCUCCCAUGACUCCUGAAGGGUUCUGGAACAUUGGGUUUGAAUCCGAAAUGUGAUUUAUUUACCAGACUGUCUGCCUGUGUUUUCUUCUUCUUCUUACUGCUUGUGUUGGUCGUAAAUUGGUAGUUGGGUCAAUGUCCAAUCUUAAAUGCAUUCCUUGGAUCUCAGUGCAGCACAUGUCUUUUACUGUUUUUCACGGUUGGAGUCGGGGAAGAGUAGUGUAGCAGAAGUGUGCAGGGUAAUACUAGUUUGCGCCUGGGGGAAGUUAAAAUACGUGGGGGAGGCGCAUUGAAGUAAGGAAUAGGAAUAGGAGGACAUUGCAGUAAUGUAUAUGGUUGUGUGGAUGUAUGAUUGAGAGUUGGGACUGAAUUUUUCAAAUUUUGACGGUCCACUCUUGCUUAUUAGUUAUUACCCUCUUUGUGUACUGAAUUCUUCUGAUCUGGAUCUAACACUGCCUUAAUGCUGCUCUGCGGCAAGCCAGGCCAGUAGGCCACCCACCUUCAUUGAGAUCACGGGAAGAGUAAUAACUAGUAGCUCAGCGUGGUAUAUAUACCGUAUAUGGUCCACUCUAAAACGGUGGUGGUUAAGUCUUUUCUCUGUUGAUAAUGCAAUUGAUGACAUGAAGAACUAUAUUUUUAGCACGUUGUCUUUUUAAAUGCAUCAAUAUGAUCAUAGAUCUAAUUUGGUAUUCGCUUUAUAUUGAUUGUCGAUAUGAUUCGGUCUGAUACUUGAUAUUUAAUCGUUAUAAUUUAAUUGAAAAUAGAAGCCUCUUUCCAUAUACAUAGUACAAAAUGUGUGAUAGUACUUAUCUAGCUUAAGAUCUUGUGUAUUUUUAGAUGUUAGUCAAUAUGUUUGACAUUUGUAGAUAAAUGGGAAAAUCAUCUGCCAUCCAAUAUUCUGAAACAAUGCAAAAUCUCAUCAGGGAACUACUCUCGUUGUUCUGUACCCAUUAUAGCUGUGGAUUGAAUACCAUGGAUGUGAAGAAAAAGGUAGCUGCAUUAUUGAGUCGUUUUGGCGCUUAUAUUGUUGCUCUCCUCCUUUCAAGUCCAACAAAAUAGAGCUCCAUCUUAUAAUAAUCCAAUAGGAAAUCAUUCGAUGAUGAAAGUAAAAGGUGAAGAUUUUGUUUGGAUGGGAAGGAGAUAGAGCAGUCCAGCAAUCUCUCUUCUUUUUCCCAUCGCACUUAGGGUUUUGGGUGUGUAGAAAAAAAAUUAGGUUUUUUA